UGUAGCCUGGUCGUUUUCGUCGUCGUUUUCAGAAAAAUAUACAUAGCCAGUAUCGACUAGCAAAACUCAGUGAGUGCUUUAUCGAUUGGAAUGCGUGCAUAAUUUGGUGAAACAGGACUUCAGCUGAUAUUUUCAGAUAUCGAGCGGGUGUUUGUGGAUGCGUGGCGCACUCUGGCGGGGUUUAGCGGCGUGAGGUCGCGAGACGCGCGGGGCGGGGGCCGCCUCCCCCUUCGUCAGUUUCUGCUGCGAACCCGUGGGGAGAGGACGUCGCUGCGCACGCCGCCGGAAGCAGCGUUCGCGCGGCAACUUUGAACAGCGACAGUGCACGGAUAGUGAAUUGUGACAGAGAAAUGUGUGUCGGAUUGCGGUGCGCAACAAAUUGGAUGCAGUGAUCGGAUCACAAUCAUUUGGAUUGCAGUGCUAUUUUCUGGAUUUUGAUAACGAGUGCCGCCAUCCAAACUGGGGAUGCAUAAGAUGGAACUCGGCGACAGCGUGUACGCCGCUGAGAGGAUCAUGAAGAAGAGAAUUAGAAAGAGCAAAGUGGAGUAUUAUGUGAAAUGGAAAGGCUGGAAGCCGAAACACAACACCUGGGAGCCGGAAGAGAAUAUUCUCGACCCGCGGCUCAUUCAAAGCUUCGAAAGAGGCGAGGAAAUACGAAGACAAGGGCGAAAGAGGGAACGAGAACAUUCGCCCGUCGAGCGAGCGCGCAGUGGUUCCGAGGAGCGUCACCCCCCACCCGGGAAACGCAAAGCAGAAGUUCUAUCGAGAGAGUCGGGGAAAAUUGGCGUCACGAUCACGAUGAGUCCGCCGGCCAAACGACACGAUUCCACCAAACUGAACGGUGGACGGACGCAUGCGCAGCCCCCGCCGCCGGCGGCACCUCCGGGUGGUGCGGCUGCGCCAGCUUCGCCUGCAGCCGAGGCUGCCGCUCCGAGAACGGGACCUAGAAGAGCACCACAUUCACCUGAAGAAGCGGACGCGCAUACACCUCCAGAACGAGAAAGGCGGACUGAUUCUCAACCUACGGCUACAGCACCAGCCGAACCGAAAGGUGCUCGUCCGCCGCCGCCCACCCCGCAGGCCGAAGAUGAGGACUCGUGGGGAGAGGCGCCCGUCGCUGCACCCAUGCCACCCCCGCCCCCGCCCCGACGAGGGGCAGCCUACUGGAUGGCACGGUCUCCUGUCGCCGAUCAAAUCUUCAUCACAGACGUUACCGUUAACCUCCAAACGGUCACUAUUCGAGAGUGUCGCACCGAAAAAGGUUUCUUUAGGGCGCGUGAGCACCGGCCGCUUGACAUAACGUAAAAAUUUAGUCUUGAAUUCUCGUACAAAUUUUUAUUAAUACCUAGACAUUGUACAGGCAUGUAGCUAGUAUUUAUUUAGUUGUUACGUGAGAUGUGACAGCGUAGA